GGCAACGCUGGGAUUGAGUCACCGUGCGUGUAAGCUGGUAAAAGAUUUCGUCUGAAAGUUAGUCCGUGAAUUUUGCAACGAGAGUACCUUCACAAUGCCGCCAAAAAAAGCCCCCGGGCCGAGCAAGAAAACUGAAGCCAAAAAGAAGGAAAGGGUUAUUGAGGACAAGACGUUUGGAUUGAAAAAUAAAAAGGGGGCUAAACAGCAACGCUUUAUUUCCCAAGUGGAAAAGCAAGUGAAAGCUGGGGGCGACCCUAAAGCUAGGAAGGCUGAAUUGGACCGUGCUGAAGAAAAGAAAAAGCGAGAAGAGGCCAAACGACUUCUCGAAGAAGAAAAUAAACUCUUCAAGCCUGUGGCUGCUGUCCAAAAAGUAGAAGCAGGCGUGGAUCCAAAAUCUAUCUUCUGUGCAUUCUUUAAGCAAGGGUUAUGUAAAAAGGGCAACAAAUGUAAGUUCUCACAUGACCCAGCCGUUGAAGGGAAAGUGGCUAAACGAAAUUUCUAUGAGGACACGGAAGAAAAUGAUGGAGAGGAAGGGAUGGAGGGUUGGGAUCAAACCACGCUCAAUGAAGUCAUCAGCAAGAAACAUGGAUCAGAGAAGUCAAAUGCUACCACUAUCAUUUGCAAAUUCUUCAUUGAUGCCGUAGAAAACAACAAAUAUGGAUGGUUUUGGCAAUGUCCUAACGGGGGAAAAGAUUGCAUGUACAAGCAUGCAUUACCACCUGAUUAUGUUCUAAAGAAGGAUAAAAAAAAACUCGAUGAGGAUCAUGAUGAGAUUUCUUUAGAGGAACUAAUUGAAGAGAAACGAGCUGAACUAAGUAAGCGAUCUGAUUUAACCAAGGUCACUCUUCAGACGUUCGUCCAAUGGAAAAAGCGGAAAUUAAAGGAAAGGUCUCUUGCUGAGAAACGAGAUAGUAAGAAGAAGAAGGAUGAUUAUUUGGCUGGAGGAAAAACUGGUUUAUCCGGAAGAGAAAUGUUCAUGUUUGAUCCCAAGAUGGUGGCUGAAGAGGAUGAUGAAGACGAUGGUGAAGCAUUCGAUUUGUCCAAAAUGGAGCGCGAUUAUGACGAAGAUCGAAGUGUCAAAAUUCACGAGAUAAAAUUUGAUGAGUACGGUAUUAUGGACGAUGGGCUCGAUGAAAGUACCAAUGAUCAACUUGCCAGGCUUAAAGAUACAUCCUCUGGCAAGGUAGAGAUGGUGCCUAUCGACGAAGAUUUGUUUGAAGACGAAGAUUUGGAUGAUCUGGAAGAUGACCUAACCAACUUAGACGUUUAAAUGAGGUUUAUCAUUGAGGUUCAAUUUCAGAGAAAAAUGAGUUACCAUAAACUUCUGAGAGAUGUAACCAAUUCUAUAUUUCAAAAUGAUGAACAAGAACUUUCAAGGAUAGUCUUAA